AUGAUACCAUGGGUGAUUUUUCAUCGUAUCGAUAACUUCAACGCGCUCCUCCCUUCCGAAUAUCGGGCCCAGGAGCGUAAGGCAUCGAAUGCCGUCAUACGCUCAGCCCCUGAGAACGGAACGGAAUGUCGGACUUCGGAGAACGCUGUCAUCAGAGCUGUGACGUCACCGCAAAUAUACAACGAUGAGCGGGACCGUGUUGUGGCAUUGUUCAACCGGAUCCAGGCCAGUUUCGGGUUCGGUCAAGGCUUCUUCUCCCAGGCCGGAGAUCCAGUGGAAAUCUCUGCUGGGAAUCCCUUCUGCGUUUUCAAGAGCGUGACUUACAAGAGACUUCGCGUCCACAGUCCGUCGGAUGGUUUUGUCUAUUUAAUUGUGGCUAAGAGCGUCGAUACCCUCAGAAACGAAUUCCCCCGUCUCAUCGAAGAUCUUAACCGUACAUUGGUGAACAGCCCAACCGAACGAAUCAUCUGUGAGUCUAUGGAGGAUCUCGGCGAAAAUAGAACGGCAGUGGCGAUCUCCGUGAUCCGAAGCGGUUUCGAUGGCGUUGCGCGUAUGCCUCCUAGUAACGAGCUCAGAAAUGCGCUCGUACAAUCCGAUGUUGGAAGGAAACUCGAAAACCUCGGUGUCGUAGCUGUUCAAAGCGCUGAGGAGUUCCGUGAGAACUCCAUGCAGAGGAUACGCGAUAGAAUCGAACACCUGAGCUCGGACGCGCUCUGUCGUCUCGAGGAGAAGGUGUACAGUGUGCAGAAGGCAGAAGCGAUGUUGACGAACGAGAGGAAAGAUAUGCUCAAGCGUCAAACAGAAAGAAUGGGGGAGACGGCAGAGGAGCUCAAGAACAACCUCGAGGCGAUGAAGAAAAUCGAAAGGCAGGUUGCUAGCAGAAGACUUGGAAUACCCGACACGGAUCACAUAGCGAUUUUCCGUAACCAUGAAGGGAUGGAAUCCCGGGGCUGGGAUCGGUGUCGGAGUAGAACCUGA